CAAUGCAAUGCAAACAUCAAUGAGUUCCAGCAAAAGAGUACAAACAAGUACUGAAAAAGCAAAGCAGCGCAAAUUGAGUACUAGUAAAAGUGAAAUCCUAGCAAAAGAGCAAAGCAAAAUACCAAAAACAAAACAAAACACAAAAAGAGCAAAGCAAAGCAUGAAAAGAGCAAAGCAAAGUACCAAAAAGCAAA